AUAAAAAUUAGACGUGGGAGAGACUAUCUCUACAAACCCUACAAUAAAUGGGUUUAUCUAAGACUUCGUGAUUACUUCGUUGGUAAACGAGGAUGGGAGAUAACGAAGCGCAUAUCUUAUGAUUACAGAUCUUGUGCAAUCAAGAUCCACUCUUUCAUCAGGAUUACAGACUCACUGCAUUUCCCACAGACGCUCACGAAGGUCAGUGGGAGGAGCUGUGCCUCGGUCAGUGGACAUAUAAGGCUGACUAACAACAUUUCAGCAACAGUUCGCAGUCUCUCGAUACUAGAUUCCUCUGAACAAUGCAUUCUCUUGUCUUGUCUGCUGUUCUCUGCGUCGUUGUGGCGGACACUCACAAUGGCUUCGGGGGGCCUUCUCUCAGCAACAGUUAUGCGCCCCCAAGUAACACAUAUGGCACGCCCAACGGCGCCUACGGAGUAGACCCUGAGAUUGCCGCUUUGGCUGAGAAUAUUCCUGGGGGCGGUGUCCCCGGCGAGGACUACCCCAUCUUGGCUUCUGUGCCCGACACCGGCUUCUCGUGUGAUGCCCAGGCGGUGCAAGGUUAUUACGCUGACACUGCGCCUGAAGCCGGAUGCCAGGUGUUCCAUAUCUGCCAGGACCGUGCCCUCAGGCGCCAGCAAGACUCCUUCCUGUGCCCCAACGGUACCAUCUUCAACCAGCAGUACCUGGUAUGUGACUGGUGGUUCAACGUGGACUGUUCUCAAGCUGAAAGCUUCUACUCCGUCAACGAACUCAUCGGAGUCGUUCCCGACGCCGGUUAUGCUUAUGCUGCCGCCACCAAUGGUCUUGCCAUCGGCAACGGCAACGGGUAUGGAAAUAGGAAAUGAAUGAUGAUAGAAAUGGCAAAUCCUUUUUAAGAAAUUUUGCAAUGGCAUUGCAGAUAUGAUUAGAUAAUCUUUCUGUAAUUAACCGACUGGCUUCAUAAUUAUUUACUUCACAGUUAAGCAUAAUUGCUGCAUAUGUCUGAUUUGUAUAUCACGUAUUUAUUCCCAAUAUUUAUUCAGGAAUUAAAAUGAAGACUUUGAAGAAA